AUGAAGGUGCCAAAGACUAUCAUUUACAAUAGUCUUGUUGAUCAAUUGUAUACUUUAAUCGGAGCUAACAAGUCUCGUAUUGAUCUUGACUUAAAUGUAAUCUAUCAUUUUGGAAGUAAAGGUAUCCCUCCAUCUUUAAUUAGUAAUGAUGAAGAUGUUGCUUUUUUUCUUGAUGAGAUAGGAACAUCUAUCAAUCAUCGGACACCCCUAUGUGUGUCUACUACAGAGAAGAGAAGUAAUGAUCCUUUGGUUACUAAAACACGUGAGUUGUAUACUAUUCCUCCAGUUGAAACCAAAGUGAAUGAUGAUUUUUGCAUUGAUGGCAAUGAAGACAGUUGUGAUGAUGAUAAUAAUGAUGCAUAUGGCAAUGAAGAGAGUUGUGAUGGUGAUAAUAAUGAUGCAGAUGAUGAUAAUGAAAAUAUUGAUAGGUCUACCUGCAAUGAUGUAAUUGUGAAGCAUAAUUUACAACAGUCAACCUCCAAUGAAGUAUUGAAGAGCCAUGAUUCCUCAAAUAAUAGAGGUCGUAAAGUAAGACAGGUUGGCGAAGAUAAUCUAUGGAGUACUCCACUUUUGUUGAAUCAAGGGGAAAAAGGCUCUACUUCAGCCUCAACAGCUCAAUUACUGACAUCUUCUUCGAGUAUCAAUUCGUGGGAAAUAAAAGAGGGUCAAAUAUUUGAGAACAAGCAAGAGUUGAAGAUGAAACUCCAUCUUUAUGCAUUAAAGAAAAACUUUGAGUUUAAAGUUGAGGCUACAAAAUUGGUUAAUUCCAAUAUGUUCGAGGUUCGUAAAUUUUUCGGUGAACACACAUGCUCAUUGGAUGUUCGACAUAAAGAUCACCAUCAGGCAUCCCCAUGGCUUAUUGGACAUGUCAUAAGGAGAAAAUUUGAGGGUGAUGAUGUUAAUUACAAGCCAAGGUCAAUUGUAAAAGAUAUGAGUUUAUCAUAUGGAGUUCAUAUGAGCUAUGCUAAAGCUUGGAGGUGUCGAGAGCAUGCAUUGGCUUACAUAAGAGGUACACCAGAAUCAUCAUUUCAGAAACUUCCCUCAUUUCUAUACAUGAUGGAGCAAAAAAAUCCUGGAACUGUUACUCAUUUGCAGAUGGACAAUGAAGAUAGGUUCAAAUAUUGCUUCAUGGCCUUAGGUGUUUCUAUAAUGGGGUUUAAAACAUAUAUUCGCCCAGUUAUAUGUGUAGAUGGAACCUUCUUGACUACUCGGUGUGGAGGUACUUUGUUAUGUGCCAUGGGACAAGAUGCUAACAAGCAAAUAUAUCCAAUUGCAUUUUCAGUAGUUGACUCAGAGAAUAAUGACUCAUGGUUGUAUUUUCUACUGAGGUUGAAGGAAGCGAUUGGUGAAGUGGAGAAUCUAGUAUUCGUGUCUGAUAGACAUACUAGUAUAGCAAGUGCGUUGACUAAAAUUUUUCCUGAGGCACACCAUGGUGCUUGUAUACAUCAUGUUAGCAUGAAUAUCCGUGCGAAGUUCAAAACUGACCAUUGCCAUGAAGAAUUCUUCCUUGCAGCGAAAGCUUAUAGAAAGCGAGAGUUUUUACGCCAUUUUGAGAAGAUUAAAUUCAAAGAUCUUGCAAUUGCUCAAUACUUAGAGAAUCAAGUGGGUUUUGAAAAGUGGGCUCGUUCUUUCUUUCCUGGUCAUCGAUAUAAUUUAAUGACUACAGGUAUUGCCGAAAGCUGGAACAAUGUCAUUGCUGAGGCACGUGGGUGGCCAAUUACUUGUCUCAUGGAAUUUAUGAGGCACACUUUACAAAAAUGGUUUUUCGAGCGUCGAACUGCAGCAUCAGCGGCUACAAGUCCUCUUGCCACAGAAGUGGAAGCUGAUUUGCGAAAGUUAGCAGACAAGUCCACUACCUCGUUCUCUUUUCCGUCUAGUCAGUAUGAAAUAACAGUAUUGGAUGGUGAUCUUGAUGGAGAUGUCGACCUGAGGAGGAAAACAUGUAGUUGUAGAAGAUUUGAUUUGACAGGUCUUCCUUGUGAACACGCUCUAGCUGGUGCUCGAGAUCGUGGCAUUAGUCCAUAUAGUUUAUGCUCCAGAUUCUACACAGUUGAAGCAUGGUUGUCAUCCUAUGGUGGAUUUGUAUAUACGCUGGGUAAUGAAGAAUCUUGGGUGAUACCAAAUGACAUAGGAAGUAUGAUGAUAGCUCCUCCUUUAGUGAAGCAGAAGGGUGGUCGUCCAAAGAAGAAACGACGUUUAUCAAAGGGUGAGAAGAAUAGAAAACAACAUAGAUGUAGUAGAUGUGGUGUCCUGGGCCACAAUCGAGUGACGUGCACCACUGUUUGUCCCCCGCCGUCUAGACAUGCUUAG